AUGGGCAUUUCACGCACAGCUUUGAUUCUGGCCAUCGCCUUUCAGCCUUUCUUAGGCGGAGCAUUGCCUACCCCAUCACCACCUGGAAUUCCGUCUACAUCUGAUGCCAGGACUCAGCUGGCAGGGUUGACCGUCGCUCCACAGGGGUCGCAGGAUGGAUAUGACCGUGAAAAAUUUCCGCACUGGAUUACUAUCAGCGGAAAUUGUAAUACACGCGAAACAGUCCUUGAACGGGAUGGAACCGACGUGGUCCAAAGCGAUAGCUGCGCCGCUACUAGUGGAACCUGGGUUUCUCCAUACGACGGCGAGACCUGGACCGCUUCAAGUGAUGUCGACAUUGACCAUGUUGUCCCGCUAUCAAACGCAUGGAAGUCUGGUGCGUCUGAGUGGACCACAGAUCAGCGUGAGGCGCUCGCCAAUGACCUUGAGAAUCCUCAGCUCCUAGCAGUCACCGACAACCUGAACGCCUCAAAGGGUGACAAAGGCCCGGAAGAUUGGAAGCCUCCACUGGCUUCAUAUUACUGCACAUAUGCCAAAAUGUGGGUGAAGGUGAAAUCCGUGUAUGAUCUUACGAUUACUUCGGAUGAGAAGGCUGCUCUUGAUGAGAUGCUGGAUACUUGUUGA